AUGACGACCAUCUACACAGUCAUUCGACAAGCCAUCCCAAAGCCUCACGCCGGCCCAUUCCACCUACACCUCCACCACUUCGUAAAGAUUCCCACUCGCCAGCCCAGCAUCGCCAGACCUCGGACCCAGACUCAGACUCAAACUCGCACCUACACCCUUCUACGCCCAGGCAUCCCACCACCACCAGACCCCAACAUGAGCCGAAUUGUGGUAACCGGCGGCUCCGGCAAAGCAGGCCAAUACGUGAUAAACGAGCUCCUAGCCGCAGGCCACCAAAUCCUAAACCUAGACCUAAUGCCAAUGACGCACCCAGACGUGCACACCUUGAAAACCGACCUAUCCGAUAGCGGCCAAGUAUUCAACGCACUAUCCGGCCAAUGGACCCUCCACGAACCCUUCCCCGAGGGCCUCCCACCUCGUCCCGACGCCGUGGUGCAUCUAGCGGGAUAUGCUCGAAAUAUGAUAGCGCCUGACAAUGAACUAUUUCGCGCCAAUACGCAGGGCACGUACAAUCUCGUCGAGGCGGCUUGUAAACUUGGCAUUCGCAAGAUCAUCAUUGCGAGCAGUGUUACCGUUUACGGAGUCAGUUUUGCGCAAGGGGAUGCUAACUAUCCUUAUUUUCCUAUUGAUGAGGAUCAGGAUGUCAAUCCGACUGAUACGUAUGCGUUGGCGAAACUGUGCAAUGAGCGUGUGGCGAGGGGAUUUGCGGCGCGGUUUGGGGUGGAUAUUUAUAUUCUUCGGAUUGGGAGGGUGAUUGAACCGGAGGAUUAUAAUGGGGAGAUCUUUUAUAGUUAUGUUCAUGAGCCUGAGCAGUGGAAGGUGCAUGGGUGGUCUUAUAUUGAUGCGAGGGAUUUGGGGGGGCAUGUGUGA